AAUUGAAAGCGUUAGAUUUGGGUCACGUUCUGCGCAGGAUGAUCGGCAAAUGCCGAGCAAAAGUAGUUGCAGAGGGUUGAAAACCUUAUAUGAGACGUAUAUAACAGUAUAACCUUAUAUAUAGCCACAUCAACUUAUAUGAACAAUUUUGGUAGUUGGCCAUACAAAAAAUCCACCAAUCUGUUCUACGCAGGCGACAUGAAUCGAGGGCACCCUGACUGAGUCUGCUGGCGCGAUGUUUUGACAUGAGCAGUAAAUGUUUGAUAGCCAAGUUAGCUAAGUAUUUGACAAACGUUGCCCCAUAACUGCAGGUGACGCAGAGGGGACACAGAUGACACCUGCUGAACUCUUCCUGCUACUGUGGAUAAAAGUACCGCAAUGACACAAGACAGUCCCAGCCAACACACGAAGCUGCUCUCCUUCCAUGGUGAUAUUCUCACAUUUCAGUGUAAACUCUCCAAUCCCAGAGAUGGCGAAAGUCGAAGAGGAUCAGAACUGGCUUUCAGCAGACUGACAUUUCAACGGGAUGGCUGCACUUUCUCAAAGGGGAAUGGUGGUAUGGCUGUCAUCAACAGAAAGAGUUCAUCAGAUGUUGAUAUAGUGGCGUGCGCCUUUGCACUACAUGUGAAAAACAGAGUCACUUCGCCAUGCAUUUUACUGAUACAGAGCAAGAAGGGAGAUGUCUUCAAGUACAGCCUUCUCACUCUGAGCAGCUCAAAUAGAUUAGAGCCACAUAUGGAGUUUAAACUGCCAUACCGAAUGAAAGACAAUGUUACUAUCUUGCAGGGCCCUACUGUAUUAUGGAGCUAUGAAGGUAUUGUCUUCUACACAUCCCUGCAGGCAGGUGAAGUUAGACAAAUACCUAUCAAGCUCUCUCUGAACUUUAUUGGUGAGUUUCCCCUCAACAAAAGGAAAAUAUUCAUACUAGGUUCCCAAACACAAUCAAAAGAAUGCCUGAAAGAUCAGUUGGACGCUCCAGGCGGGAGCAAAACCCUGGGGUAUUUUGUAGAGGACGGACAAGUAUUGAACGCAGCUCUGAUCUUACCUCAUGCCUAUAGUUCCAUCACACAAUGUGUAUUUGUGAUCUCAGCUGAAGAGGUGAACAGUGUGUUGAAAUCAACUGUGGUGGCAGCGACCAGUAAAAAGCAGUUGGUGUAUUUUGAGAAUGGCAUUCCCAGAGAGGUAUGUCUGCUUCCCUUUGAAGAACCUCAACACAUUCAGAUGGUCAACACUGGACGGAAUGGAUGUCUGUUUGCCAUCUCUUUCAACCAUGGACAUGUCUGUGCAGUGUGGAAAGAUACUUUUCAGGUAGCAUCAUGCUGGUCAGGUGUGAGCUCCCUACAUGUGGAUGACUUUUUGGGCUGUGGAACAGAUCAGAUGCUGCUGGUCUUUGGAAGCCAGAGCCCUCCUGUGGGUCCAGUGGAUCUUUUCCUCAUCACAGAUCUCUGCGGUACAACUUAUUCUCAUGGACAGGAGAGCAGUGAAGGACAGCAGGCAUCUGACACAGCUCAGGAGAACUACCUCCUAACUGUCCAAGCUCUACAGUCCAGACUACAGAGUGGCCUGACCUUGCUCCAGGAUCUUCAGAGAGAUGUGAGGGUGAAAGAGAGGGUUCUACGCCAGUCAGUCCAAGCCCUCACAGACAUGGUCUCAGGAAGAGAACACAUUCUCACCCAGACAGAGCAGGAAGGCCUUGUUUCUCUAUGGGAUGAUGAGCCAGAGGACGAGGCCAUGCAUGAGAAGAUGCAGGUUAUGCCAGUGGUGCCACCACCUCUAGUGGACAAGCUUUGGCACCGUGUCAUUGAAGACCGCUUGAUUGUGGGCGUGAUACUAACCACAGAGAGUGCCAUCUCAGCCGAGAGUGUUACUUUAUCCAUCCUGAGAGAGGGAGGCCGGAGCCGGGCGCCUGCAGUCAUCCAGACCCACAGCCAAGCGUCCUGGUUCCCCACACCCAGACCCCCGUCUCCCUGCUCUCACCCAGAGCCAGCGGCUAAGAGGAGCAGGCGGGACUAUGCCAGUGCCAGUGGAGCCCGUGACACACGCAGACUGGCAGUGACCGCUGUGACUGACCUGACCCCUCUGCUGACCUCUGGCAGUGUCAAAUGCCCCAUUAUGCUCCAUUACGUCCACAGACAGGGAUCUUCAGCCUCUGUAACCGCCCCAGGACCAACAGUGGUCCAGUGCGGUCAAGUCCUAGUCGAUAUCCAGGUCAAACACCACCCCCAGCUGAUGACCAACAGUCAACUCACAACAGAUGAGGCUAGAGAAGACCUGCUUAGCCUAUUGGCCGUGCUGGAUGCCUGGACCUUCCUGAUCCACUCCCCUGACCACACCCUGUGUGACGUGGCUGGCUGGAUCCAGACAAGCAUGCCCUGUGAGAGGCUAGAGAUCAGCCCACACUACCUACUGGCCAAUCCUGCUGGGCCAUCUGCUGCCAUGCUGUUUCACUGGCAGCACAAAACACCUUUCCAGGGAGAAUUAUCCGUCCACUGCAGCCAGUUCAAGGUGCUGCAGUUCCUAGACUCCCUGUGUGGUUUCCUGCCAGCAUCCUGCUCCAUCCUGCCUCUCAGACAGGGGGGAGGAGAUGGGACGGCACCACGACUGGCCCAUUCCCUGGAGAAAGAGGUACUGUCACUCAAACAGGGCCUGUCGUCUCUGUUCCGUGGUGAGGAGGAGAUGGAAGAGGGGAAGAAGAUAGAGCCCCCUGAUCCAGGCUCUGCCGAGGGACUCCAGAGGUGCAGGGAGGAGUGGCAGAGGGACAGGGAGAGGAGCAGGAGGUUGUUGAGCCCCCUGGUGGGCGUGGACCGCUAUCGCAGGCUGACCCAGAGCCUAGCCCAAGUACAGCUGGAAGGAGAUGUAGCCGCCCUCCUAGAGACACAGACUCACACACUCAUUUAGCUUCACACUGCAUUGACAUGUACACUCAGUGGCCAAUUUCUUAGGUAUACCCAUCUAGUACUGGGUCGGACCCCCCUUUGCCUCCAGAACAGCCUAAAUUCUUUGGUUCAUGGGAACGUAGUUCAAUUGGUAUCAAGGGACCUAACUGGUGCCAGGAAAACAUUCCCCACACCAUUAUACCACCGCCACCUGCCUGUACCGUUGACACCAGGCAGGAUGGGGCCAUGGAGUCAUACUGCUUAUGGCAAAUCCUGCCUCUGCCAUCAGCAUGACGCAACAGGAACCGGGAUUUGUCGGAGCAGGCAAUGUUUUUUCUGCUCUUCAGUUGUCCAGUGUUGGUGAUGGCGUGCCCACUGGAGCCGGUUCUUCUUGCUUUUAGCUGAUAGGAGUGGAACCCGGUGUGGUCGUCUGCUGCAAUAGCCCAUCUGUGACAUGGACCGACGAGUUCUGCAUUCCGAGAUGCUGUUCUGCACACCACUGUUUUAUUGCACCGUUAUUUGCCUGUUUGUGGCCCACCUGUUAGCUUGCACGAUUCUUG